CCUGGUGAACACGGGCACCCACUCGCCUCACUCUCCUUGUUAAGAGCCAGGCCCACGGACUUAUCUGGGCUGCUUGGUGCAAUGGGACUACCUGUCGUUGCAGCGUUGCUGAGUCGACAGAGCUGCUCGCUGAUUGGCUAGCAUUUCUUCCGGAGGAAAGGGUGGAAGUCUUUGAGCCGGGGACCGGGCCGCUGUGUAAAACUGAGGCCCUGAUUUCUCUCGUUUAAAUAUGGAAAGACGUUAGCACAUUUCCAAUUCAAAGGCACAAUUACUAAACCAAGAGAACUUUGAAAAAUAAUUACUAAUUUUUACUAAUAAACACCUUCCAAGAUGAGUGAGGAAGAAUUGCUGCCAGAGUCAGCAGCAAUAUCUGAAUAUCGAAUGGUCUCCUUGUUUGAGAAGAAAAAGGAACCUCAAUUUUAUAAAGAGGUACUUCCACCACUGCCAACCAGGUGGUCAGGAGAGAACCCAGAGUCCAUCAAACAACAGCCCCACAUAAUCAGCCAGGAGACUGUGACCCGUCAGACCAGGAAUAGCAAACAACAAGCUGAGGAAAAGAAAAAUAAGAAACUCAAGCACGAAUACUAUAUGCAGCAGUUCCAUACAAAAUCUUAUGCUGUCCUUCUAAGCAUUUCAAAAGUAGAUAAAAAACCAAGAACUAUCAACCCACAGGAGGAACCCUUGAAGUGGCAGAGGUUGAAGCAUCUUGUAAAGAGUUUAAAUUCUGCUGUUCUGCUUGAGAGAAAAGAAGCUGCCAAGGCUCUGCAGUGUCUUCAAUGCUCCAAUGAGGAAGUUGUUUCUGGUCUUUAUACCACAUUACAGACGGAUGAGGAUUCUGUGGUGAGAUAUGAAGCUGCCAAGGCUCUGGUCACACUGGGUUACUGGGAGGAGGAGGUGGUGCUGAAGUUAAUUCAAGUUAUGAAUGAGUCUACGCAAAAGCUUCUGGAAGACAUAAUUAUAACUUUGAGGAAGUCACUGCAGGAUUGGGCAAUUAGACCCAGCCACCAGAGGCCCGAGAUCAAAGCUAAAGAAAAGUUGAUUUUCCUAUUAAGAUCAUUCAUAACAGUUCUACGCUCCAAAGACAUGAUUCCUGUUGAGGCUGUGGCCUGCCUGUGUUACCUCAACAGAAAUGACGAAGAAGCCAUUGACUAUCUAAUAAGCUACCUUCAUGAUGGCAACUCCUACCAGAAGAAUCAGGCUCUGGAAGUGGUGGUGAGAUACCUCGGGAUACAUGAACCAUUCUCAAUCCAAGCUCUUCUGGAGCAGUUCCGAACUUCCUCUGUCUACAAGCACCGGUUGAAGGCAUUGGAUUUAUUAGCCAAUGUUGGACCAUCGCACAUCACAAAGACCGGCCUGCAUCAGACUGUGCUUGAGGCACUGAAGGAAAAACUGUGGGACGACCCAGUUCUGGCUGUGUGUCAACGGGCGGCCCUGGUUGUGAAUUUGCUGAAUAUGAAGAGGACAGUGUGGAAGGAGGUGGAACAACAGCUGAAAGAUAAUGAUGCAGAACUCAGAGGCAGGGCAGUCAUGUCACUGAGUGUCCUUGGACUACCUAACAACAAAGUGCUCCACUUGCUGCUUGAGAUGGUGGAGAUAGACUUGAGUCAGUAUGUGCGAUUCCAGAUAAUACGGACCUUUGCUCGACUGCAUCUGGAUGACGUGAGUGUGAAGCGUAGUUUGUUGAAUCGACAGCUUGGAGAGGGACCACUGGCCAGAGAGGCCCAUAAAGCAAUGAGGAGCCUUGAACAGACAUCCAAUUAUCAGACAGCAGCUUUUCUACCCCACCACAUCAACCAGGAGAAAUACAUUGGCACCCAGAAGACAGUACACAGGCAUCCCGAGGACAUUACCCUGGCUCCCUGAGACAUUUCACUGGCAUCCCGAGGACACUAUCCUGAGGCAUUGAACACUACAUUGAUGUCCCAAAACAUUAUACUUACAGUGCAAAACACAAUGAGGUGAAACACUAGCACCCUAGGGCAAUAUGCUAGCACCACUGAAGCACUAAACUGGCAAUCUGAAACAAUGCACUACCCUGGCACCCUGAGACACUACACUGGUGCCCCAAAACAUUGUACUUGCAGUUCAAGAUAAUACACUGACAAACUGCAACACUAUACUGGUUCAUUGGCCCGGAGACACUAAACUGGCACUCCUCCACGAUGCACUGGCACCCUGAGACACUACGUUGGUGCCACAAGGCUUUGUACUUACACUCCGAGAAACUACAAUGGCACCCUGAGAAAAUGCACAUGCACCCUGAGAUGAUACAUGGGUACACUUAGGCAUUACACUGCCACUCCAAGGUGUUAUUUUGGGACUGCUACUUUGCAUUUACAAACAGUUCACAUUUGAGUUGGCUUGCCUCAGUCUGUUUGACCUCAGAACAAGACAAACCUGAAGCUUACAGCAUUGAUAUUAAAACAGAAUAGGUGCUCUUUCUGACUGUAGUAACAUCCUGACUAACAUCUCUCAAUUGUCUUACACUUUUUGAACACUUGUGGAUACACACAGAUACAUCAGAUCCAUUCAGACUCAUAUCUGGCUUUCGGGAUUCCACCCACAAAUUUGGGGAGGUAUUCUAGUGAAAUACUGAUAAUGCUUUGUUCAAGACUGUUUCAUUUUCCCCUCUUAUUUCCACAAUGCAUUCAGACGAGGAACGUGACUAAGUGAGUAGGGACUCACUUUGGGGGUAAUUCACUUUGGACCUAAGAAAGAUAGGUGAGAUGACAGUGUUUUCUGAAUGGUGGAAGAGCAGAGAGGGAUUGAAGUACAGGAAUCAUUAAAAGCAAAUGGACAGGAGCAUAAAUUAUUAAAAGGGCAAAUAGAAUGUUGACUUUUAUUUCUAAGAAGCAGGGAUACAAUGAGGGUGGAGGAACGUUACAGCUAUAUAAAGCUCUGAUGAAACCUAUUUACAGUACAGUAUUCAGUUCUGCACACUACACCAUAUUGGUCUUGGAGUGCAGUUUCACCAGGAUGAAAUCAGGCCCAAAAAGUGUUAAAUUAUGAAGACAGUUUAAAUAUAGGCAAUAAGGGGUAAUUUAAUUGAGGCGUUUAAACAGAUUUAAGGAUUCUAUAGGUUAGAUAGAAACACUUUCUUCUGAUGGAGGAAUUCAGAACAAGGGAACAGAACCUUAAAUUAGAACCAGGCUGUUCAAGGGUGAUGUGAGGAAGCACUUCAUCACACAAAGGGUAGUGGAAAUUUGGAAUUCUCUUUCCCCUAAAAGCUGUUGAGGUUGAAGGUCAAUUGAAUAUGCUGAAACUGAAACUGGCUGAUUGUUGUUAGGCAAAGAUGUUAAGGGUUAUGGAACUGAGACAGGCUAGAUGAGUUGGGAUACAGAUCAGCCAACUGAGUGGUGGAACAGUAUUGAGGAACUGAAUGGCGUCUUCCUGUUCCUAUUCUGCUAUAUUAUAAUUGUAACCUUUAGCUGUUGCCUGUUCAGUGGGAAAAUAUGUCAAUUUAGAUGCAGUGAUCACUAAACUGUUCAAUUCUGAUUGAUCUUAAAGCAAUGGUCAGUUUAUAUAUCAAACCUCAUUAAAGACAUUCCUGUACAAA